GUGUAGCGCUUAGCUGAAGAUGGCCAACUUUUUUUUGUGCCUGUUCAUAUUUAGGAUAGUUCUGCCGAUCAUUCUUGGGGCAUGCAUCGUGUUCCGCCCGUCCGGCCUCUCCGCCAUCUACUUCCUCUUCCUCCUUAUUCUCCCCUGCGUCCCCAUCCCCACCGUGAGCUCCAUGGUCGGCUCCACCGGCCUUUACCUCAAGUUCCUAAUCGCUACGUCCAUCCUCACGUUCAUCGCUCAGUUAGCUUUCCAAAUCGUCCUCCUGUCGAUGCCCCCCUACGGCCACAUCUUCUCGAAAUGCGAGUUCCUGGAGAUCGUCCUGCGCCACGUGGGCCUGGUGCGGCUCGACGACAUGGAUGCCCUCGUCGUGAUCACAUGGAUCUCGCCCGAGAUCGUCAUGGUGGUGACGUCGGUGGGCACCUACGUCAUCUGCCAUAAACUCCUCCAGAAGCGCUCGAUCGAGGUGGUGGAGAACCGCGAGGAUCUCCCCCAGAAGGCCAAAGCCAAUCGGAAGCAGUUCGCUCUGUUCGUCGCCAUGGGCAAGUACGCCACGUUGAUUGCGCUGUGCGUGGCGGCGGUGCUGCGACCUUCGGUCCUCGGCGGGUUGUACUUCCUGGUGUUCCUGUCGGCCGCGACGUGGUGGGCGUGCUGCAAGGAGCUCGGAAAGGCGUUCGCGGUGGUCAUGCGCUGUCUGAUGGUGGUGGUGGUGGCGCACAUGGGGACGUUGUACUCGUACCAGUUCCAGUGGCCGCAGGAGAAUUUGGAUUUCAACGGCACCUAUGCGAGGUACUUCGGGCUGACGCCGAUCUUCUCGGUGAACUGCACGGGGGAUCCGAGGACCUUCAUCCUGGAGGACGCGGAAUGGGCGACGUACGUCAACCCCAUAGCUCUCUUCGUGCUGUACUAUGUGCUGGCGCUGGAGUCCAAGUUCUUGUUGAAGCCUCAGUCGCAAAAGAAGCAAGGAGCCUUCUUGCGUCUCGACGGGAGCUUGACGAAACCGUUGAGCAGACAAAUGUCGCAGAGGCUUUCUAACAGGCAACUAAUGCGCAGAGCGACGACGAGAACCAAGUGGCAGAGUGCUACUCGCAAAGUCCGAUUGAUCGGAGGGGUAAGUCCGUCCCGUCGAUACGGUUCCGGGAAAAAAUCCGGCUCACUAUACCAGGAUUCGUCGGGAAGCGUGACCGUGACGGGCGACAAUCCGGACGACAUCCCCAUGGACCGACUCGGUAAGGACACUUUUUGCCAAGGUACUACAGAAGAGGAAUACAAGCCCACGCUCCUCGAAAAUGUCAUGUUCGCCAUGGAGUCGGUGCUCCAAGUCAUCAUCAAAUCCUCGUACAUCGCCACCAACAUCAUAAUGAUGGCCUGGAGCAUCACCUACAUCAGCUGGAUGACGUUCGUCCUCCUCCUCUGGGCUAACCUCCUGUGGCUGAUCCCCAACCAACGCAAAUCCAUGCUGCGCUCCAGUCCCUUUCUCGUGGCGUACGCGUGGUUCCUCCUCGUCGUCGCCUACAUCUACUCCAUGGAUCUGUUCGAGACCGAGCUCCCGACCGUCAUCAACGGCGUCAACAUGACGGAAGUCGGCUUCACGCGAGUCGAUGACCUCCCGUGUAACCCCCUUCUAGUCAAGUGCCUGUUCACGGGAAUGUUCUGGAUCACACUGAGGCAGUUCGUGAGGGAAACCAUGAACGAGAGGCAGAGUCACGCCCUCGCCGAUAUGGCGGCCCCAUUAGAAGUGACCGUGAGUGCGGCCACGGGCGGCGACAGCGACCUGGAGCCGGGCACUCGCUUCAUGGAUAAGAUGGGAGUCCACAUACGCAAGAUCCUCACCAAGUUCUGGAUCUGGGUGGUGGCCAUCACACUCUUCGCCGUGGCCAUCACCGGGGAACGCAUGACCGCCUUCAGGAUCAUCUACAUGGCGCUAUUCCUCUUCUUCAUACUCACGUUCCAGAUGUCGUUUAGAGUGUGGAGGAAGAUGAUGUUCGGGUUCUGGCUGACGGUGAUCGUUUACUCGAUGGCGAUUUUAGUCAUGGUGUACACUUACCAGUUCACGGAUUUCAAUUACUACUGGAGGGAUUACCUGCACGUGCCUCUGCAGCGGCAACUGGACAUCGGUUUAGAGCAGUUCGGACCCACCCAGCUUUUCGUACGUCUGGUCACCCCCACCUUCUUCGUCAUAAUCACGGUGAUCCAGCUGCACUACUUCCACAAGGACUUCAUGGACAUGUCCGACACCAAGAACGCUACCAUGAGCGGAGCCGACCUCGAUCAGAGCUCGUUGCAAGGAGGCGCCGACAAGGACGACACCACGUCCACCAUCAAGGACGUCACCGACACAGAUACGUCAAGUGGGUGGCAACAGUUCACCCACCACGUGCACCGCUACAUCAAUCUCGCCUUUCUUUUCCUGGAGCUGCACAUGCCCAAGUUCGUCAUCUUCUUUCUCAUGCUGGUGUGCAUCUACGACAAGUCCGCUCUCUACCUCUUCCUGGUGUUCCUUAUAGUGCUCGCGUGCGCCUUCGGUCGCCCCAUGCAGACGUUCGCCAUCUACACAAGCUCGAUCUUCGUCAGUUUGAUGCUGUUGGCGCGGAUGAUCUACCAGACGGAUUACAUCGACCCGAAAAAUUGGAACGUGACGUGCGAGGUACACAACUCCACCGAGGUGGUCCACAAUGCGGUUUGGCUGGGCUUCAGGAAAACAGCGAAGGACGUGAGUUUGCCACAUCUGGUCAAAUGGAAUAUCAUGUACAUCCUGGUGGUGAGCAUUUGGGCGGUGGUGCUGGUGCGACAGUUCAACUUUCGGGUUUCCAAAGGCAAGCCGACGACGAGGGCGUUCUUCAUGUUCCCGAAAAUCACGGUGCGCGAAGCCGACAAGAACAUAAAAACCUGCAUCAAAUAUCUGUUGAAUUACGGGUUCUACAAGUUUGGGGUCGAGAUUUGUCUGAUGGCAACCGUGGCUGUCAUCGGGUUCCGGAUGGAUUUGUACUCCAUCAUCUACAGCGUGUGGUUGUGUGUGAUGUUCGUGUGUAAGAGGGAGACGCUGGCGAAAAUCUGGAGCAUCUACAUGACGUUCAUUGCUCUCCUUCUUCCCAUCCAGUACGUGAUGGCGGUGGGUUUGCCGCCGACCCUCUGCAUCCUGUUCCCGUGGGACGUGAACUACUGGGAUUCGGACGGCGAGCGCCAAGCCGAGAUCUACCGGAGGCUGCAAGAGUGGGCUUACUUACUAGACACCGAGUACCCCCCCGCCUCCAAGAAACUCAUUUGCGACUUCAUCCUCCUCCUCAUCGUGUCGCGGCAAGCCGUAGUCUUCAGGAUCGAAAAGCGCUGGGCGGGACGUUCGUACCCAGGCGGUUCCAACGAUAGUAUUAUCCACCACGUUGAAGAACCCGGCUUUGUCAACCCCGUCCCGGACUACAUCUCCAGCAUCAAGUCGUACCUCGACAUCGUCAAAAAGGGACUCUUCAACAGCUUCCUCUGGAUUACGCUGGCCAUAGUUUUCCUCGCUGGUACCAACCGGGUUAAUCUCUUUUCGAUCGGCUACCUCAUCGGCGCCUUCGUCUUCCUCUGGCAAGGCACCGAUCUCUAUUUGCGCCCCAUCCCCAAAAUCAUCAAAGUUUGGGAUCUCUUCCUCGGCUACAACGUGUUCGUCAUCCUCAUCAAAGUAUCUCUUCAGAUCGUCGGAUGCAUCUUCAUCCAGGAUAUCCCGACGUACGCCUGCUGGGUGAUACAACUCUUCGGAAUCGGGUGCGUGAAGAAGUUCGGCGACUUGACCGUCCAAGCGGGCCUCGCCAGCGAGAACGAGUGCAAAGUCCCGCGAGAGUUCGUCGGCUUAGUUUGGGACGGGUUGUGCUUCGGUUUCAUGCUCACCCAGAGGCGCAUCUUCCAGAGUUACAACUUCUUCCACCUCAUCAACGAGACCAAAGCCGCCACCAUCCUGGCGUCGCGCGGCGCCGAUCUCAUCGAGAAUUUACGCCUGAAGCGCAUGGUGGAGCAAGAGGAGCAAGAACGCCGAGUCCUCGAGAAAAUCAAAACCAAGAUGGAGAAGAUCAAGGCGAAUCAGCAGAAGAUGCAAGGGGCGGCGUACAAAGACACCGACAACCACUACGUGGAUACGAUAUUUAAGGGUAGGCCUAAGCGCAGAAGAAGCGAGCCGAAGUCGUACAAACAGGCCGUUCGUUCCGGUGACUACUACAUGUUCGAUGAUUUAGAUGAUGAUGAGUUAGAUUUCAUGGAUAUUCCGAAGGAAGAGGAGGACGACGAGCCCAAGCCGCAAGGGCAGACGGUCGGUGAGCUGUUAGCUACCGCGAUGAAGACCGACAUCAGUACUAGCGUGGGAAAGUCGAGCACGGACAUUCACAGACGUGGGAGCAUGCCGUUGCCGACGAGGCAGAAGUCGAUUAUAUCGACCAGAUCGCAGAUGUCUGCACCGUAUUCAGAACCGCCCAUAAUCGAAGAGCACCGGACCGUGAAGAUCGUCGAAGAACCUAAGAAGGGCGACGAACCGCAGCCGGGCACCAGUAAAGACGACGACGAGGACGACAUGAGCGAACCGGCGGAGAAAGCCUACACCCUGAAGGACCGAAUCCACCUGGCGUUGCUCUUCAUAUGGGCGUUCAUCCAGAGUACGAUGGUCAGCCUUACGAACUUUCUCAACCGCUACUCGCGCGACUACAGAUACGUGCUGAGAGUACUCGCGCAAGAGAAGAAAUACUUGAAGGAAAACACCAACUACCAAGUGGGGCUUCGCGUCGGCAACAGCCAGGUGUGGCAGCCGUCCGGCUCGUACGGCAGCCUCCUCAAGCAGUCCUUGGCCUCGCCGGAACAUCCGCCGGCCCAGCGAGACAAGUCCCUCAGCGAAGAAAGUGACAUGAAGACGUUAGCGCUGCCGUACGCCUCCGAAAUGGAAAGCGCGGACGAGUCACACAUGUACGACGAGUACGAGGGGACCGAGUUGUCGUCGUACGACCAGCCGCCCUUCAUCAGGCUGGUCCUCGCCGUAUGGUACAUCAUCAUGAGUAGGUCGGAGAACGUGUGCUACUUCAUCAUCUUCCUCAACCAAAUCAAGUCGGCAACGUUCUUGUCACUGCCGCUACCGCUGAUGGUGUUCCUGUGGGGGACCCUCACCAUCCCGCGGCCCGACAAGACCUUCUGGGUCACCAUCAUCGCGUACACCGAGAUCAUAGUCCUCAUCAAGUGCAUGUUCCAAUUCGACAUCAUCCCGUGGAACCAGAGCCAAGCCAUCACCAACAACCCCUUCUACCCGCCGCGCAUCAUCGGCAUAGAAAGGCACCCCACCUACGCCGUCUGGGACCUCCUCCUCCUCCUCGUCGUGUUCUUCCAUAGGUUUAUGUUGAAGUCCAUGGGUCUGUGGAAGACGUCCGUGACCCCCGCCGCCCUCCUCUCCGAAGGCGAGUACAAGAUCGGUCCCCGCGGCACGUUAGAGCCCGUGGAGAGCCUCGCGGGCACAAUCAGCCGGAAAAGAAACACAAAAUAUAAGCACGAAUCCCGAAUUCUUCCCGCUACUAACCGAGGCCGUUUGAAUAUCGGCCUAUUACGUUCCUGCUUCCGUAAGAAGGAGGCAAGCGAUAACGGCAGCGCCGGCUCGAAGAGCUCGAUAGCGACGAGCAGGGCGAGCGACCUCCAGCGGCUGGUGGACGAGACGGAGGAGCAGGAAGGGAGAGAGCAAAAGUACGACGGGAAGCAGCGGUUGCAGAGGAGCGACAUGGAGAACAAACUGGUGACGAUCCACUGUGAGACCGUGCCGGUGUUAGAGCACCUGCCGCAGAGUCUGAAGAUGGCGUUGCUAAAGUACGGGGAGAAUAUCAAGAUGUUCUUCAAGCAGCUGCGGGAUCCGACGUCGAGGGUGGCCGCCGACGUCUACUCCUACAUGUUUCUGUGCGAUUUCUACAACUUUUUUGUGAUUUUGUUAGGGUAUAGCUCGUUCGGGACGCAGCAGGGGGACGGCGGGGUGUCUUCGUACCUGGAGGACGACAGGGUGCCGGUGCUGUUCCUCUUGAUGCUCAUACUCCAGUUUACUUUGAUCAUCGUCGACAGGGGGAUCUUCCUGCGGAAGAAUAUUCUGGCGAAGAUCAUCUUCCAGUUUAUCCAGGUGUUUGUUUUACACAUAUGGUUGUUCGUUUUGUUCCCGAUCAUCACGGAGAGGGGUUUCAACUCAGUUCUGGCACCUCAGAUGUACUACAUGGUCAAGUGUUUCUACUUGCUGUUGUCCGCCUACCAGAUUCGAUGUGGCUAUCCGACUCGGAUCUUGGGGAACUUCUUGUGCAAAGGCUACAACUACCUCAACAUGUUCCUUUUCAAGGCGUUCAUGGCGGUACCUUUCCUCUUCGAGCUGCGUACGGUGAUGGAUUGGAUGUGGACCGACACCUCGAUGACGGUCUUCGACUGGAUCAAGAUGGAAGACAUCUUCGCGCACAUCUUCCAGAUCAAAUGUACGCGCCACGUGGAGGACGAGUACCCGCAACCACGAGGCGAGAGAAAACCCCCCAUCAUCAAGUAUCUCAUGGGCGGAGCUAUCCUAGCCCUCAUCAUCGCCAUCAUCUGGUUCCCUCUGGUCUUCUUCUCCCUAGGUAACGCCGUCGGGCACCCCAAUCCCCCGUACGACGUCACCUUGGAAAUCCGAAUCGGACCCUACGAACCGGUGUACACGAUGUCAGCCCAGAGCAACUCCAUCGAACAGUUUACCGAGAGUAACCUGCACAAACUCCAACAAAUCUACCUCCAGCAGAAGACGUCCGCGACCUUCAUCUCCAACUACGAGGGUCCGGACAUCGCGGCCGUGGUCAUCAGCUCGAAUUCAGCCAAUAUUUGGAGUAUCUCGCCGCCGGACCGCGAGCGAAUGCUCAACGAAGUAAACUCCACCGACCCCCUCAAGAUCCGGCUGGAGUACAAAGUGUCCCACCGUACCAGUAAACCGGAGGACUCAGGGGUCAUCCCCGAUAACGUCGAGAUCACGAUCCCGGCGCUCGUCGACGGAAAACCCAACGUGAUGCGCCAGAACCUCCUGCAGAUGUUGCAGGGGAAUAAAAACGCGCCGCCGAUGGUGCUGGAAAACAUCCUCCCCAAGUUCCUUAAGGUCACCAACAGAGGGACCGCCAAGGCGGUCUCGCAACUGAUGUUCGUCGACAAGGCCGACUCAGAGAGCGCCAGUCCGGUCGGAAGAGCCUUCCGCAACAUCAGCCUCAUGUUACACAGCACCAACGAAGGCGACGCCAAGGAGUGGUGGAUCAUCAAAGAAGCCUGCAACGACUUCAACGGGAAGAAGUUCUUGAAGAAGAUCCCCUACGCCGACCCCGAGUGCGACUUCAUCAUCUUGUACACGUUCAACGACAAGAUAUUCCCGAGCACCCUCAGCAUCCUGACCGGAGGAGGCAUAAUCGGCCUCUAUUCAACUCUAGUUUUCGUGGCUUUCCGCUUCUUCCGCGGCUUUUUCGCCGAACAGUGCUUUAAGAUCAUGUUCGAGGAUAUGCCGAACAUCGAUCGCGUGCUCCAACUGUGCCUGGACAUCUACCUCGUCCGGGAGGCCGGCGAAUUCGUCCUCGAGGAGGACCUCUUCGCCAAGCUGGUCUUCUUGUUCCGGUCGCCCGAGACGAUGAUCAAGUGGACGCGACCGAAAGAGGAGCUCGCGGACGACGAGGACCCCGAAGGGGACUCGUAAUGUCUCUCUCAGGAACCGUAGCUUGUAGACUAUGGCUUCGCUUUAGUUCUUUGGUUUCGGCGAGGAACGGGUCGAUGACCGACCCGUUGCUCGUCGGAGGAGGCCUCCGUCUCUAUAGACUGACCCACAAUUUCGAAUUCUUACCCGCCCGUGAUCUAGGAUUUUUGGUUUGUACGCUCUUUACUUCAUCGGAUUGUUCCGGCUGGUGCGAAUGGUGAUCGUCGGGAACAUCACUCAUGCGAUUUGGCUGCGCAGUUUGCCGAACGUUAACAGGAUUUAUUCGUUGAUCAAUGAUAUUUAUAUCGUGAGGGCGUUCAAGGAGUACGACCUCGAGGAGGAGCUCUUUGCGAAGUUGAUCUUCCUGUUUAGGUCGAGAGAGUUGUUGAUCAAGUACACGAGAAUGUUCGGCAACCCGUACAGCCCUGAAUUUAUUUAUUUUAAAGAGAAACACUCGAACUGAGCAUAGUUAAGGUUUUUAAGUUACGAGAGUCUAUCUUCCAUUUUAAGGUUAAGUCAACCAAGUGCUUUUAGAUCAUAUCACGAUCGUCUUUUGUAAAUUUGUGCAGAUGUAAAGCGUUGUUUAACUUAAAGAUAGGUUUAUUGUUAUUUAUUGUGAUUACGAUGUGUAGGGGGCGGGGUGGGGGGUUCCUGGCCCCCGCCGCCCCGCGCUCGUAGCUGUAUAUUGUUUGGAUGUUUUAUAUUUUAAAACUUUUUAUAAUAUAUUGUGCACUGUUGUAUUUAAUUUUUACAAUAAACGAUGUCAAAAGUAA